AUGCACUCAAAAUCAACAGACAAAGGUGAGAGUCAAGUUUACAUUCGCAAGCAGCACAUGCAGUACACGAGCAUAAGAUGGUGCCAACCUGGUACUCGCUUUGGAAAAUUUUGGCAUAAGCUGUUGUUUUAUGGUACACUUGAGAACUAUGUAAUGACAAGCUGCCUUGGAUUUUUUGGAGGAAUGCUACUUACUUACAUUUUGUUCAUGUUUUUUGUCUUCCAACUGCAUUUUUCAACUAAGAAAGCAACUAUUUUGUGUUCUAUGAUUGGAACAGUACUUACACUUGGUUUGGCAUUUUCAUACUAUGUCAGAUGCAUUGUGGUGCUUGUUCUUCCUCAACUGUGUGUAAAUCGCGGCCGGCAGGCCCUCAUGCUUUAUGCCUUUGUGUUGACACUUACUGGGCCUGGGAAGAAUACAAUGCAAAAUGUUGGGGUGCUCGCAGAAUCUCUGUCAUGUGGACAGGAGCAGUUGAAAAUUGCAGCAAAAAAAAUUAUGGAGGCUAUCAAGAAGCCCUUUUUAGCAAUGAAAGAUGCCCUAUCCAAUGCAAUGAAAACAAUUAAAUCAAUAACACUCAAGAUCAAGGAUACAUUGCUGUCCAUAAAAAGAAUUGUGAUGUCUGUAUUGCGAGUCAUCAAGAGUGCUGCAAGUUGGUUAGGUAGUAUUAUCAACAUCUGCAAUAAGGAACUUGGAACUCCAUUUGAACGCUGCAUGCGUGUAUUUGAGCCAGCCAUUUCUGACUGUGUGGCUGCACUUGGACCUCUUUUCUCUUGGCUUUGCUCAAUUGUGUAUGUAGGACAGGCCUUAUGUUUUAUCUUCAAGGUCUUGGAUCUCAUAUGUGCCUUGGUUGAUCUCAUUAAAGACACAGUCACUGGACCCAUAAAGAAAAAGUUACGAGAGUUCUUGUGGCGUUUGAAGAACAUAUUUUAUGUUUCUGUUGAUUUUAAACAUUCGUAUGAUUUUGAGACAGAACAAUCAAAGACCUUAAAAGAAGUAGCAGCUGAGAUUACAGCAGAAGUUAAGGAACGAGCUGCUGUAAUUUCCUCUAUCUUUGAUAAAGUUAGCCUAGUGGCAAGUCUAUUUUUUCUCAUCAUAUUUUUCAGAGCAGUGUAUUACUGGAGGAAGUAUAUGACCAAUGAUAAAUAUGACAACCGGUAUAUAACAAAGGAAUUCUACAAACUGGAUGAGAACCGUUCUAGGUUAGGUCAUGAAACCAUACUUCCAUUAAAAAAUCGUGAAAAGAGGAAAUACAUUACGAUGGUUACUCUACAUCUGAGUGGCAGCGAGAAGCUGAGACUUACUCGAUCUGUAUCAUUUGUGAUUCACAUAACGAUAAAAAUAUUAAUAUUAAUGGCUUAUGAUUAUUGUCUAUAUUGGAUUCUUGACAAGAUCCAUCAACAUGGUCGAUUCACUUCCAAGAUUCAAGAUCCACAAGUGGUUGACGUCAAUGUCAAAGGCACAGGAUUUCUUGCAAGCAUAUAUAGAAAUGUAAUGGGAGCAUUCAAGCCAUUUGAUGUGAAUGCCAAAGUGGAUACAAUACCAUGUUUACCACACCCAUUACCACCAAAUUAUAUGCGUUACAUGCAGAUAGGGUUUAUAGUACUGCUAUGUCUUAUUUUGGCAAUAAUUGAGCCGUAUGUAUUACGUCUAAGGCAGUGGUUUAUGGGCUACUAUUAUCCUCAAAGAGCACAACAGAGGGCUGUAUGGCUUUACAACCGUAUACUUAGAUCAAGAGAAAAUUUUCUUAAAUUUGCUCGUAGACACCUAAGAAGAAAGUUUGGUAAGGGAAAAAGAGGAGGAGAUGAGGAGUCAUUUUUUACCCAGCUAUGGCAGAGAUGUGCUCUUCUGCAAAGGAUAAUACCCCAUACACCACAAAAGGCUUGCUUAGUUUGUGCAGAAACUCAAGGGGAACUCAAGAGUUGUCCCAAACUCGACUGUGCAGGCACCUACUGUCAUCAGUGCUUCAAAGAUCUGAAGAACAUUUGCACUAUCUGCAUGGAACCAAUUGAAUAUGGUGAUUUAACAGAUGUCAGUGAAGAAAAAGGUUCUUCUGAGGAAGAAAAUACCACUGCUCAUGUCCAGAAUGGUGCUUCAAAGGCUGAUCAUGGCAAGAAUGGUGAAAUAACUACCGCCUAUCCAACUGAAUAUCAGUAUGAUACUAAAUCAGUUUCAGGAAAUAAUAGUGCCCCUUUCCCAUCACGACCCAGAUUCAAAGAUUUGGAAGCUCAGAAGAUUUUAGAUGUGGCCACGGUUCGUCAGUUUCCAGGAACUGAUGAUGAAAAAACAGAAGAAUCAGAUGCAGACAAGAGGAAACAUAAAGAGCAGAUUUCCAGGCAUGUUACUGGUGUAAGCAUCCCUCAAAGAAGGAAAGUAAGAUUUGCAGAAGAAGAAAUGCCACUUCUUGGUUCUCGUGAAACAAGGGAAUAGAUGACGAGGCAGUGGGACUAAGAAAGGAUCUUCUGUAUGAUUAUAAAAGUUACUUUAUUAUCUCACUUAUGAAUUCAAUUAAAGUCAGUGAUGAGAAUAUUGUUUAAUUUGUUUGUUGUGUAAUUUACUAAACCAGGGUUGGUCAAAUACCAUACACUGUGCAAAAGCACAGAAGUGUGGCACAGGUGUGCAUAUCAGCCAGCAGGCAAAGUGGAACAGCAACAUCUGUUACUAGAUGUGUAUACCAAAUAAGCAGUGACUGCUUCCUUGUUUGUGCAGCAUCAGGAGGACUGAAGCACAUCCAGUCUUGCUUCCCUCUGGCAACUGUAGUGUCACAGGAGUUGUACUGAGAAAUGGCAAGUACUGCAAACAAGCAGAGAAUGGAAGAACUGUGUUCUCAAUUACUUAAACACAACUGGGAGCUUCAAUCCUUCCUUAAAACAGUAGGUGAAAACCCACAGUGUUAGUUGUGCCACAGAAUAAUAGGCGGCUAGUGCAGGUUCACAACUGAAAGACACUACAACUCAUUUCAAAGACACUACAAUUCAUUUCAUAAAGACAAGUAUAAUAUACUGAAGAGAGAACUGCAAGUCAAAUUAAGUGUGCUUGAGAAUAUGGAUGAGGCACUUCAUCACGAUUUUAAUCUCUGUUACUGCAAUGAACGUAAGAAAGUUUUAUGGCUCUUCGGUCGCAAUACGAAUUAUAGAGGACGGAAAUGGUAGUGAGGAUCCUGAUAUGUCAGAUGACGAAACUUUGUCCAUGGAAAAAAAUUCAAUAAAUGGACAUCUUGUUUUCUGUUCGGAAUCAGACAGUGAUGAUGGUAUUAGACCUAAGAGUUAUAAUACAAGAAAUAAAAGUAUUGUGAUAUCAGAAACGGAGUCAGAAACAGAAGAUUUGGUCUACUGAUGAUUGUGACCUUGAAAGCAUUCCUCUUACAGACAGGAUGACAGCAAUACAACGAGAUUCCACACCUUCAACUAAGAUGGGGAAACCUACCAACAUUGGAAACCAGGACAUUUGAUUAGAGGGGAUGAUGAGACGAAAUUCGCUGGAAAUACUGCUCUUUCUCAGGAAGUAUCGGAACUUGACACUCCAGUGGAAUAUUUCCAGUAUUUCUUCACUAAAGACAUAGUGCAGUACAUCUUCGAACAAUCCAAUCUGUAUUCGAUACAGUGCCGACCCAAUAAAUGUGUAGAUUGAACAAUUUAUUGGUACUGCCUUGUUUACGUCAGUCAUCCAACUUCCAUCAACAAGACAUUGACAAACUUUUCAAAAUUCGCCCACUGCUAGAGCAACUGCGUGAAAGACUGUUGUGAGUACCAAAAGAGGAAUUCUUAGCUGUGGAUAAACAGAUUAUUCCAACAAAAUGCACAUCUUCACUAAAGCAAUACAACCCCAGUAAACCACAUAAAUGGGGCUUCAAAGCUUUUGUCCUCAGUGGAGUGUCAGGCUUCAGCUAUGAUUAUGAAGUUUUUGCUGGAGCUCAGAGUAAUAUCAUAAUACCUGGUGCUAUGGAUCUAGAAGCUAGCAGCAAUGUUGUUGUGUGUCUUACACAAGCAGUCCCACGACAUGUGAAUCACAAGUUAUUUUUUGAUAACUGGUUCACUAGUGUACCCUUGGAAGUGUAUUUGCACAAAAAAGGUAUACAAUCACUAGGGAUAGUCCGGUCCAAUCGAGUACGUGGUUGCAUUUUACCUAAGGAGGCAGCAAUGGAGAAGAAUGGUCAAAGCAGCAUGGAGGAAAAGAUAGCAACAGUAGACGGUGUGCAACUGUCAGUAGUCUCCUGGUUUGAUAAUAAAGUAGUCAACAGUUUGUCAACUUACGUUGGAUGCAAACCAGAAGGCGAGAUCAAGAGGCUUAAUCAGAUAAAAGAAAUGGUACUUGAAGAUUUUCUUUCACCUAGUUGACUUGGUUUGUGUGAACAGCUGGCUGUUAUGGAGAAGAAGAAAUACGCACUACAUGCACCAUGUUGAUUUCAAGGCUGCAGUUGCAGAGGCCCUCUGUAAAAAUGGGAAAUCCUUAUCCAAGAAAUGUGGUAGCCCAAGCAAUAAAAUACAAACACAGCUUGACCGCAAGAAGAAAGGAUGCCCUACAGCAGAUCUUCCACAGCAUCAGGUGCGAUUGGAUGGGAUAGAUCACAUGCCUAUCUGGAUGGAAAACCGUGGUCGUUGCAAGUAUCCAGAAUGCAAGGGAAAAUCCUAUAUAGCAUGUAUGAAGUGCAGUGUGACAUUGUGCUUGAAUAAGGAGAGAAAUUGCUUCAUAGAGUUUCAUAAUGAAUAGAGAAAAAAGGAAACAGAAUUUGUGUUAUUUUCUCAAAAUAUGUGUAUUGUAAUGAAUAGAAAGUGUAAUUGUUUUAUAUAAAUACA